AUGGAUGCCGAAAAGCCGUUUGCAAAAGAAUGUGAGGAGUACGCGGAGGCCCAGGGCCUCAGGGACAUGAUGCAGUCUUUCCUGAAGUUGCUGCUGCAGCACCAACCAGACGACCCGUUGCAGUUCCUCAUAGACCACUUAAAGCAGCAGCAAUUCCUCGAGGCCCAAGAACUACAGAAAGACACUCAUCGGGUGGAAGAUGAAGACAAAGAGCAGCAGCACGCGUCUCAAACGCAGCAGCAGCAGCUGGGACCCCCGCUGCGCCUGGUCAUGCUGGGUUUGCCUGGAAGCGAGAGGCACGAGGUGUCUGCCAGCCUGGCUGAGCGGUGGGGCCUCCCCUUGGUGUCCUCUGGGGCCCUUUUGCGCGCUCAUGCAGAUAAGUACCCCCGUGGCGAAGCUGCACGGGCCCUCAACUCCAGGACCUUGGCAAGAGACGAGCUCGUGGUGGAGUUGGUGUCUACCCAGCUGCAGCAGCUGCAACAGCAGCAGUGCGGGGGCUGGAUCCUCGAUGGAUUUCCGCGUACGCGAGCGCAGGCCGUGGCUCUGCUCGAUAUGCGCCUGUCGCCCGACCGCUGCUGUUUGCUGCUACCAGGGGAAGUCCACGCGCGGCACACCGAGGGGGUACUCGAAGUUUUGGGGCCCCUUGCAGAGACGGUCCCAGCUGAAGAAGGCGCAGAGCGCCUUAUCGAGACUUUAGAGGCGAGGUGCGGCCUCGACGGAGGUUCGAAGCUGCGUCUGCGACCUCCCAAACUUUGCAUCAUCGGGUCAUCUGCUAGCGGCAAGUCCACGCAGAGUGGUCUGCUCAACCGCCACUUCGGGGUCGUACAUGUUGACAUCCGCGAACUUCUGCUGCAGAAAGCGGCGCUCCUGGAGCUCGAGGCAGGAGUUGAGAGCUCAUUCGAGGAGUUGCUCAUAGAGCUGGUGGCGCAGCGCCUCGCCUCAGCAGACUGCGCACGCCGCGGUUGGGUCUUAGACGGGGUUCCGCAAACGGCACGCCAGGCGCUGCUGCUGCGGCAGCAUAAAAUUACUCCCGACUGUAUUCUGUUGCUGGAGGCCCCUGAGGUCAGCCUUCGUAGAUCUAGCCAUCUCACCUAUGCAUGCGCCAUGGGUUCAACUGCUUACUGCUUAGCUGGAGCUAGCCCUGUCACAACACUGCAGCACCCGGUAGAGCUCGAACCUCAUGGCUAA